CUUAGAAAAUGUUAUUAUCACGUGUACAAAUUGAUGGAACUUUUUGUUAAAACACUAUAGGUGCUUAUAAUUUCUUUUUGUGAACUUUGUACAGACUUCAGAGGUUUAAAAGCCUUAGCCACGUGUCCCAGCACAGUUCAGCUCUCUCCCCUGCUUCUACCAUGGGAUUCGCGGAUCUCCUUGACAACAUCGGUGGCUUGGGUCGUUUUCAGCUCAUCCAUGUGGCAUUGCUCUCCAUCCCUAGUCUCCUGAUGGCCAGCCACAAUCUCCUCCAGAACUUCUCGGCCGCGGUGCCGAAACAUCACUGCCGGGUAGCAAACCGGACCUGGCCUGCUGACAGCCAGAACUUCUCCCUGUCAGGACUGGGAGAGCAGGACUACCUGCACGCUUUCAUCCCCCUGGGAAAGGAUCUGAAGCCAGCCAAGUGCCAGCGGUACACCGAAGCGCAGUGGCAGCUAGUCAGUCACAACAGCAGCCUGGAUAAUGCCACAGGGCUGGAGACGGAGCCCUGCCUGGACGGCUGGACGUACGACAAGCAGGAGUUUACCUCCACCAUUGUGUCCGAGUGGGAUCUGGUGUGCAGCCAGCGAUCUUUGAAGCAGAUGAGCCAGACUGUGUACAUGGGGGGAGUGCUGACUGGAGCCGUCAUCUUCGGGGGGCUGUCAGACAAGUUUGGCCGCCGCGCUGUGCUGAUCUGGUCCUACUUCCAGCUGGCCGCUCUGGGCACCUGCACGGCCUUUUCUCCCUCCUACAUCGCCUUCUGUGUGUUCAGCUUCCUGACUGGCAUGGCGGUGUCUGGAGUUAUCCUCAAUGCAGUGUCCCUCAAGAUGGAGUGGAUCCCUACAAAGUCACGCACCAUCAUGGGCACGCUGUCCUCGUUCUGCUUCACGAUUGGGCAGAUGGUGCUGGCGGGCACUGCCUACUGCAUCCGAGACUGGCGCAUGCUGCAGCUCACCGUCUCUGCGCCCUUCUUCAUCUGCUUCCUCUACAGCUGGUGGUUCCCAGAGUCGGCUCGCUGGCUCGUCCUCAACAACAAAUCCGAUGAGGCUCUGAAACAAAUCAAGAGAGUGGCCACCAUCAACGGAAAACAUGCAGAGGGAGAGAAGAUCACCCCAGAGACCUUGAAGUUCCACAUGCACAAGGAGAUCCUGUCCAGUAAAACCAUGUACACAGCCCUGGACCUGGUCCGGACCCCAGGAAUGAGGCACAUCACAAUCUGUCUCACGGCUGUCUGGUUCUCCACCAGCUUUGCCUACUAUGGGUUGGCUAUGGACCUGCAGAAGUUUGGAGUGAGCAUCUACCUGAUCCAGGUGAUAUUUGGGGCCGUGGACUUCCCUGCCAAGUUCUUGUCCACUGCCUCCAUGAGCUUCCUUGGCCGCAGGGUCACCCAGGGGAUGUGUCUGCUGAUCUCUGGAGCCAUGAUCCUGGCCAACAUCUUCGUACCCAGCGAUAUGCAGACCGUGAGGACCUCACUGGCUGUAUUGGGAAAGGGCUGUCUGUCCUCCUCCUUCACCUGUGUCUACCUCUACACUGGAGAGCUCUACCCAACUGUCAUCCGGCAGACAGGGAUGGGGUUUGGCUCCAUGAUGGCGCGGGUGGGUUCGAUGGCGGCGCCCGCAGUGUUGAUGCUGGACGAGUUCCUGCCUGCUCUGCCCAGCAUGGUGUACGGGGCAGCGGCCAUCAUCGCAGCAGUCUUUGCCUUCUUCCUGCCCGAGAUGCUGGACAUUCCUCUGCCAGACACCAUCGAAGACGUGGAGCAGCAGCGGGGGAAGAGAAAAGAAAUUCUGGACAAGGCGGCAGAGAAAGAAAUGCUGCCGCUUCAGGAAGUGAAAGAGAAGAGCGAGGUCAAAGAGCUCAAAGUGUUAGCGGUGAAGACGACCUCUGACCCUCGACCCCCUCCCUCCAAAUCAGAGCCCAAUUGAGAUGCGGGACAUCCCUUGAAGACUCAGCAGUCAAACGGCAUACCCGGUUAUUCUUCAAGGAGUAAGAGGUUACAAAAAAACAUCUGAGGGACUGAACUUGAGACAGUGGGAAUGAGAGGAGACCGUUCAGCCAAUCAGGACCCAUCCCUUCCUAACACACCCCUCACCCUGACCAGGGGGAUCGAAUUUAGUAGAAACAGUCAGUGUUGUUGCUUUAAAAAAAAUAUUCUGUUACAAGUUAUCACUACAGCUACAUCCAAAAGGUUUGCAUCACCCUAUAGAAUGAACUAAUUUAGCUUCAUAAAGUCGAAUGUAACCUGCUGAAUAAUGUUACAUUAUAGGAGGCUGUGUGGUCCAGUGGUUAAAGAAAAGGGCUUGUAACCAGGAGGUCCCCGGUUCAAAUCCCAUCUCAGCCACUGACUCAUUGUGUGACCCUGAGCAAGUCACUUCACCUCCUUGUGCUCCGUCUUUUGGGUGAGACGUAGUUGUAAGUGACUCUGCAGCUGAUGCAUAGUUCACACACCCUAGUCUCUGUAAGUCGCCUUGGAUAAAGGCGUCUGCUAAAUAAACAAAUAAUAAUAAUAACAUAUUGAAUUACACACCACUUUGUAGUUUUCCAUAUGCUUAGCGACAAAACUGACAAAAGUGACUUUUGCGAUAUCCUUUUGUAGUUUCUUUGAAUACACGAUGUUAAAUAAAAGAAAUCAAUUAUGUUCAUAUAGUUGUUUUUUUUUUAAUUAUGUCUCAAUCCUAAAAUUCUAGGUGAUGCAAAACUUUUGGCCAUAGCUGUAGUUACAUUAACUUAUUACUUUGAAAAAAAAAAUUAACUAGUUACAGUUCCAAAUAGUUACUUCUCAGGAAGUUUUCAUUUUACAGAGAUAUUGUUUUCGGUUUGGUCAGGUGUAGUCAUAAUAGGCAGGCUAAGUCACAUGACUCCCAUCUCUCACUCAGCUGUCUGAUUCACUCAGCAGUCCUCUUGAUGCAAUGAAAAUUGCAUUAGGAACUUCUUCUGUUAAAAACUACUCCUUUAAGAAGGCUACAAAUGCUGACGAAGAGGACAGCAACCGUGCAUCGACUAUGACUGUAGACACAAACACUAACGAAGCUGGAGAAAGACACUUUGUGGAAAUACUUGUAGAAAUGAGAUAAAUGCAUUACCUAUCACAUGUGUUACUAGAAGUUCAGUAUACAAAUAAAAUAUGAAUUUUUUAUAAUAA